AUGCCGAGCAAUACGAUGAAACCUCUGCCCGAAGAUCACCAAUUUACUCAUUCAGAGCUGAAUUAUGACUCUGAGCCAAACUUCCAUCCUGCGAUCAAAGUCUCAGUGUUUUUCAAAAAGAAGGAGGGCAUCACACACGAACAGUUUUACAGGCACUGGCAAACUGUUCACGCGGACUUGGCCGUCGCUACCCAGGCUUUUCAACACAAUAUCCUUCGAUAUGCUCAGCAUCAUCAAACCCCUGAGAUGAAAGCACUUAUGACAGGCAUAGGUGAAAGUGUUCUGGAUUACGACGCAUGUGCACAGCUCUGGGUGAAAGACUGGGAUGGUUGGUUGGGAUUCUGUCAAAGCUCUGAGUACUCGGCUGCGCUGGGUGAUGACUGCGCGCGGUUCAUGGCUUUGCCAAUGAAAUAUAUGAUCGGUUACGAGAACGUGGUUGUGGGCAGUGCUGCUCAAGAUCUCAAUGGAAAGAGUGGAUUGUCAACCAAGGCAGCACAGUGA